UUCAACCCAAAACAUGACUACUUAUGUUAAUGUUAUCUUUGUUUUCUUAACACUCACAUUAUCAAUCCUUUGUUUUUGUGGUUUAGUCCUCACAGAUGAGGGACUCAAAGGUGGCUUCAGUGUGGAACUCAUUCACAGAAACUCUCCACAGUCACCAUUCUACGACCCCACCGAAACCCCUUUUCAGCAACUUCACAAUGCUUUUCACCGCUCCAUUAACCGUGUGAACAAUUUCUACCCCAAAUCCAAAGCUUCCCAAAUGACACCACUGUCUGAGAUAAUCGCCAACAGUGGUGCUUACCUUAUGAGGUACUCGAUCGGAACGCCACCGUUUGAAGUGAUGGGGUUUGUUGACACGGGUAGUGACCUUGUUUGGUUACAAUGCAACCCUUGCAAAGGGUGUUCCAACCAAACCACCCCAUUUUUCGACCCUUCCAAAUCCUCAACAUACAAACCCAUCUCUUGCGAUUCUAAGGAGUGUAAAUCAUUGUUAACAUUGGAGGAAAACUCGUGCCACUCCAGGAAUGAUACCAAUUGCAGGUACGGUAUCUUAUACGAUGAUGGCUCAUCUUCAAAAGGAAAUCUAGCAUUUGAAACACUCACGUUCAGCUCUACUACAGGUUCCUCUGUUGCAUUUCCCAAGCUUCCCAUUGGUUGUGACCAAGCUCGUAAAUUUCACUCUAAUAUGUUUGGUGUAGUUGGGCUAGGAAAGGGUGGUAAUUCCCUUAUCACACAAAUGGGUCCUUCAAUUGAUUUCAAAUUCUCCUAUUGCUUACCAUAUUUUAAAUCAAAAGGCACAAGUAAAUUAAAUUUUGGAAUAAAUGCUGUGGUGGCUGGUCCUGGAACAGUUUCUACUCCAUUGAAACCAGGUCCAUCAGAUGUUCUUUAUUUCCUUCAAUUGGAGGGAAUGAGUGUUGGGUCCAAACGAAUAGAGUUUGUAGAUAAUUCAACCUCAUAUGAUGCAUACGGUAACACGUUAAUCGACUCAGGAACAACAUUGACCUUUAUGGAAGACAAUUUUUACGCCAAAUUGGAGCCAGAAGUGAUGGCACAAAUCAAACUAGAACGUGUUCAAAGCCCAGAAAAAACUUUCAGCCUUUGUUACAAGUCUCCAACAAAUAAUGAAACUGGGGUUCCAUUUAUCACAGUACAUUUUGCUGGUGCGGACGUUGUGUUGAAUCCUUCUAGCACUUUUAUUGAAGCUAAAGAUAAUGUAAUAUGCUUUACUAUUGUGCCUGUGCCACCACCCGGUAGCAUCUUUGGAAACUUAGCGCAGAUGAACUAUUUGAUUGGAUAUGAUUUGGUGAAGAAGACUGUGUCCUUUAAGCCCACUGAUUGCACCAAGAUGUAAUAUCGUUAUGUAUUGCUUGUUUUUGAAUUAUGAGCUAAAUUAACUAUAUUUA